AACUUCGCGGUCUGCCACGGCGACGUACUGUUCUUGGCACAGUUUCUGACCAUCUCCUAUUGCGAGCGGAUCGCGCUGGACCUAAUAUCAUUUGCGCCUCGCGCCACCCAAAUUUCUGCGAGGAAACCCUCCGAAAUCUCUCUUCCGGUUGUCUGACAUUUGGAAAACCGCGCACCCCAUUGCCUAGAGGCGACAUCUUCGAUCUUUCGAAGCCAACGAAUUUCCUCCUUUGAAAAAUGCAACUCACGACGUGUUGCAAAUGUUAUUCGUUAAAAACGGGGACAUUGUUCACUGGAAUAUUGGGCAUAGUUUUAUCAAUUAUCUCAUUGAUCUUAAUCUUUACUUUAAAUGUCGAAUGGAAAACAAUAUUGAUCGACAUUGUAGACCAGAGCAUCGUCAGGAUCAUUUUUGCGAUAAAUUUAUGCAUGACGAUUCUGAUUUCAACAUUGCUUAUAGUUGGCGCUCUUAAGAAAAAAACAUUUUUAAUGCUACCAUGGGUAGUUUUGGGUUUAAUCUUAGCAGUUGGUUUAUUGGUGAGUGUCCUGUAUACGUCCAUCAUGUUCUUCAUAUAUCAUGACGUAAUAAUUGGAAUUCUGUGGCUCAUCAUUGGCCUUCUAACCAUUGUGAUCUAUGUAUAUUUGUGGUUGGUAGUAUAUAGUUAUUUCCAACAAUUAAGGUAUGAUAAGAUGAGCAGCCGAAUCGAUCCAUAUGGAAGACCUUAUAAUUAUCGAAGACCUUAAAAACAAAUCGAUAAUUUCACAAAGAAGAAAAUGAUCGAGAUGUUUUCUCUUCGCAAAAUAAUUAGACUAUUUUUUUCUUUUAAAUAAAAAAUCAAAAAAAAAAAAUAAAUUAUAUGAAAGAAUAGUCUAAUUACUUUGAGAGAAUUUAUAUACUUAAUGAUCAAUUAGCACAAUCGCACCAAAGCAUGAGAGACAACGCCUUUCGUCGAUAAAGAAUUUAUUUAUCGAAAACUGCAGAAUCAUAUUUGUAAAAUAAGAUUAAUAGUCAUGAGUAGAUUAGAAUAUAUUUAUGGCACCAACAUGCUCCCUCGAAUGAUAUUCGAUAUUUUUUAUAUAUUUAUUUUUAACAAUUUUUUUUGUAUAAAAACUUGAAACUUUAUAUCACAUAUAUAUAUUUCGUAUUUUUAAAAUAAAAAUUAAAUUAUUAAACAUAAGAAAUAUAUAAUACAUAAUCAAAAUGAAUCAUUCAUACAUCAAAAAAUAUCAAAAAAUUUUUAUUCAUAUAGAUGAGAUUAUAAAUAAGAUAAAACUUUAGUUAUAUUUUCACUGCUGGAAACAGAAUUUUAACCUCGUUUCAUGUUUACCAACCUUUAACCUAAUAAUUGUAAAGAAUGUCAGCGAAAGACGAGGAGAGAUUGAGAAGUAUUAAAGAAAUUUAUUGUGAACUAUUGUAUCGCUGUGGAAUUAUUCGCUUCACUGGGUUCAAAGGAGACUCUCGAUCAUAUAUCCGCGAUAACAGCAUAUCACGAAUAAAUAAUAUAAUAGUGAAUCGAAAAACGAGCAUCGUUCGAGGGUGUAAAAACACAAUUGUGAAACGCGUUUUCUUUUUUUCUUCGAGAACCGACACUAUUGUCGGUUCGUUAUUGCGAUAUCAAAAAGACGAGGCUGAUCCCUAGCGGGAUGAAAAUAGAUUCCAUUUUCAAGGAUAACGAAAAUAUUAAGCGUAUGUAAAAAUAUACGCGUUGCCACAUUGCAGUGAACCAGUCUCCUACGCAAGGUUAACGACUGACUUUAUUUAUUUUUCCUGCUCCUCCCCACUUUUAUUUCUCUUCUAUUCUUUCUAUACCGCCUAUAAUAUACCAUUUGUAAUUAUUGUUACAAACUGUGAGAAAUAAAUUAUUAUUAUUUGUUUGUA